AUGGAUGCAGAUGCCGAGCUUCAACCAACUCUGCUGGGACAGAUAGCAGAAUUGACUCUUUUAACACUGUUUGUGGCUGUGCCUUUGUUGCUGGGAUGCAGAAAAUCUGUUGCAUCGUGGUUGAAGGAAAGCAGCCCCUUCUACUUGGAAGGAAUUCAACGGGACUCACCUCCAGGUCUGUCACUGGCAAAACUGCCACACACAGCAGCUUAUGACUUGGGCGCUACUGGCAUUUUGGUGGGUUCCCAGCAUUUGGUUGGCAUAUUCCUUUGUUUGCCAGAAGUCACACGGAAAGUUAGCAAGGCCAAGUCGGGAUGUGCUUUGAUUCGGUUUGAUGUGAGAUUUUGUCAGUUGCAGUCAGCUGCUUUGAGCAUUGGUCAGUCGUGGUCAGCUGCGCUGAUUCGUCAUGCUGCGCUUUUGGGUGCUGCGGUGGGGUUGGUACACGUGGCACUGGCGCUGUACUCCCGCAAGGAUGUCAGGGAGAAGGGAUGGGCAGACAACAUCAGCUAG